AUGUAUCCCAUCCAUCGGUUUGAUGUUAACAGUGUCACCUUAUCGAAGUCACCUCUAGAUGACUACCAAAGGCUUUAUUUCGGUACACUCUUAUCAUACUCGCAGGAGCGACAGCCAAACGUUGAUAUCAAGAGCGUUUCCUACAAAAGUAACGUCGCUGAGCUGUUUCGACAAGGUAAGGGCAAUACACUAGACUGUUAUGAAUACUCAUUGCCAGAUGUUCGUAACGGUAUGCAGCAGAAUGAUGUUAUGAGGGGUCUUUCCAGUCUACCACGUAUCGGGGAGAAUCAACGGAAUGCGGCCGAAAUGUGUCGUGAAGAACUUGAAUUCAUUACUACGAAGGCGUUUUACGAUGGUCAUUCUCUAGAAAGAAGACGUAGGCGGCACAGCAGCGGUGGGGAGUUAGAUCAAAAUACUAAUAAACAAGGUGGUCCGGCGGCAUAUAGCGAUUUGCAUUGGAAUGGAAUCUCGAGGGACCUCAAAAGACAAUUGGUGGAAACUUAUCGAAACCACUUGAUUCACAGUGGUGUUCCAUUCGCAGAAGCAUCAAAAGUUUCACUUUCAGAUGUGAUGCAGAGGAUAAGAGGAGGUUACAUUAAAAUCCAAGGUACUUGGCUACCCCUAGAUAUGGCCAAAUUAAUCUGUACGUGGUUCUGCUUUCCUAUUCGGUAUUUGCUAGUACCGAUAUUUGGGCCUGAUUUCCCACAGCUGUGUGAAAAUGCAAGAAAUCAUGGAUUCAAGAGAAAUGAUUUCGAAAUGGUUCAUCCUUUGCAAAAUCUUUUUGAACAACCAAAAACUAGAUCCAUGAGCUGGACUCCUGGUAUGACACAAAGAGAACCUACAGUUGCUGGCAAUUCAAGUGAACGAUACCCAGAGAGACUCCCACCCAUUAGCACAAUUAUCGAUUCUAUCACCGUGGAUAACUAUGGAUACGAUCGACGAGAACCAACCGUACAAACGCUAUCUAAUUUAGCGUCCUUUUACAAUACACAUGGUCAUAGAUAUUCUUAUCCAGGUGUACAUGCAACGCAAAGACAGUGGAGAAGACCAUCGUGGGAAGAUGUCAGAAGACCAUCAAUGGAGUCAACAAGAAGCAGUGGUAGUAUUGGCUGGGAACACGAAUUUACGUAUGCACCUGAAAAAACCUCACCGAGGAUUACAGACGGAGCAAUAACUGAUAGGUUCAAUGAAAGACGACCAAUCCCGAAUGAUUGGAGGAGACCUGAUCAAAGGAAUAGUAGGGAAUGGAGAGCACAGGAAGGGGGAAGUUAA